ACUAGGUAUGUCAAAAAUUAUUAGAAAUUCAGACAUGGCGCGGCUUGCAAGGAUUUCUUCGGUGGUAAAUUUUUGCCUAAUUUCUACAUUACUUUUAUGUAUUUGUACAAAUCCUACUAGUGCAGAUGUUGAACUAAAUGAAGACAACUGGACACAGAUCCUAGAAGGCGAAUGGAUGGUGGAAUUUUAUGCACCUUGGUGUCCAGCAUGCAAUGCCCUGUAUCCAGCAUGGAAAGAGCUCUCCAACCGAGCCUAUGGCAAGAAGCUGGCUAUGAGACUUGCAGCUGUUGACGUCACUAAAUCUCCAGGGCUCAGCGGCCGAUUUGUUGUCACAGCUCUACCUACUAUAUUCCACGUCAAAGACGGAAUAUUUCGCCAAUACAAGGGUCCAAGGGACGCGAUUUCGAUGCUCGAUUACGUAGAGAAUGCCAAAUGGAAGCAGGCGGAACCAGUUCCAUCAUGGAAGGCGCCAGACUCGCUCCAGAUGGGUGUGGUGGCACAUUUCUUCAAACUCAGCCAGGGUUUAAGGAGUGUACACACUAUGCUCAUGGAGACGUAUGGCCUGCCAACUUGGGGCUCCUACCUGAUAUUCGCUGUUGCCACCAUAUUCGUUGGAGCACUGCUCGGACUGCUUCUCGUGUGUGUGAUAGACCUGUUCUACCCACCACGUCGCUUCGAGAGAGUGCUGGUAACGAGCGACGAGGUUGAGAAACGGAAUAGAAACUAUGAUGAGAAGAAGUCUGAUGAUACGAGUAUAUUCAAUGAGCUGAUAAAUGAUGACAUAAUAGAUGAUGAAGAGAACAUCCACAACAGUGAUGCCGAGAAGAAUUCUCCAAGCGAUACAUCAGAUGAAGAGAAAAAGGAUGAUGGGGCUGGUGAGGGAGGGAAGUGUGACAAACCUGAGGCAAGGAAGAGGAGGCCACGGAAGGCUGAUUAGAUCUCGGAAGGAGGUUUUGUGGCUCGUAUGAGGGCUUAACCCGCCUCGUACCCUUAGUGCUACAUUUCACUGGGACACCAUAGCGGCGCAACCAGUCGCGCCACUGUGGUGUCCGUAAGCUACCAAACUAGACACCAGAGUCACGACACCACACUGAGACAGUAUCAAAAUUUAUCUCGAAGAGAUAGCACCAAUGCUGUAGGUAAAUAGGAAAAGAGAAAAGUUUAAGAGAAAAUAGAAACAGUGGUGGGUUUAUUCUUAUAUAGCCUUAGCGUUUCAUGUUUAGAUCUCAAUCGGAAUUAUCUAACGAGGAACAAUUCUAAAUCUAUGCUCUUAUAUGAAUUUCGGUAAUAAAUCUUUCUGUAUCGAAAUUAUUAACAAACUCAUUUCAAAAAUAAGCCCACAGUGCACAUGUAUUGCAUGUAAUGAGGUGGUAGCUUCAGUGGCGGCCGAGUGAGUGUGACAUCAUACACCUCUAAAUAAUUAGUGGUGGCGCGACCAGUAACUUUAUUUGCACCCGUCCGAGCUGGUCGCGCCACCAGAUUGGUUCUCUCAACUCUCUAUAAAGCUGUAUAUAUUUUGUUGGUAGCGGCGACUGGUUGCGCCACCUUGGUGUCCCAGUGAAAUGUAGCCCUAACAGUAAUAAUUGUACUUUGCGGGCAGCAAACAUACGUUUUAGUUUUAGUAUAACGGGUAAGACACUAACAAUAUUUAAGGAGAAGACUAAAUACUCCCUCAUCGUCGUAAUAAUAAUAUAAUAAAAUUUGGCACUUGAAAUAAAACGUGGAUAAUCACCACACUUAUAUGCGAGUAGUAGUUAAGCGCAAGCACCGACAGGUCCGUAUGUCCGCUUCCCCGCUUCAUACUUUCCAAUCGAUUAGUUUGUAAUCCGUGCGACCAUGUGUUAAGUAAUUAAUUACUUGACUUUCGGUUAAGCUUACCAAGUAGUCAAUUAUAUCCUUGAGUACUGUUAGUGUCACACCCGUCAGUAUAUUCUGAUAUUAACGAUAUCCGCUAAUAAAUACGCGUCUAUAUAUAUACUAUAUAGCUUACACUAUCUUUGAAUAUUACAUUCUUACGUCAUAUAAAUUAAACCUCAAUUAUACUAGACACCAUACAGAUACCAGUCAUAACGCGUACAAGGUGGUUGCGCCACCGUGAUGUCCCGGUGAAAUAAUAACCUUUAUAGUGAGUGUCAUUUGGUUUGCAAUAGUUUGUCAAAUCCCUAUUAGUAGGUAAUUAUUAUUACCAGUAUAAGAUAUUCACACAAAUAUUACUAUAGAUCUUAAUGCAUUUAACUUUUGUAUAAUAAUUUUAUUAUUGAAGUUACUUGGGAUAUUUUGUGUCGCUCAGUAUUUACGUAAUUAUUUUUAGUCGCACCAAAAUUAGUUUUUAGUAUGCACUGAGUAUUAUUGUUUAGUUGGCCGUUUUGUAUCGCCGGUGUUUAUGAGCCGCUUUUUAUAAGAUUUUUUUAAAAUGUCGAGAAUUUUGACAAGUUUAAAUUAUUAAUGAAAAUUAGUGCUAUUUUAUUCCGUUUUAAUAUUUUUGACAAAUCCUUGCAAGAACACACAUAAUGAUGUUCCCAACUUAUGAUUUUUUGUUUUUAAGAUAAAUUUUAAGUAUUAAUUUUUCUGAACAGGUAAAUCUAUAUAUAAGAAGCUUUCUAGUUGUAUAUUAAUAAUCGCCCAUUCAUUUUUUAUUAAUAACAUUCCUUUACAAUUGAAUCACAAUAAUGCUCAACCAAGGCUUAUUACGUAUGCAGGAUGAUUUUGCCGCGCAGCACAGUCAAUAUCGGUCAGUGAACUAUUUCUAAUGUCUUCUCUAUCACGCGUAUUGUUGCGUCUCGCUUUAACUGGAUCUUAUUGCGAGGUAUUAAGGGGCCAUCCAUAAAUUACGUCACACGUUAAGGGGGAUGGGUGGACGUUUGUCCAAAAUCUUGUGGCAUCACAUUUUUUCAAAAUAUAAUAUUUCAUAUCUAAGUAUUACAACACUAAAUUUAAACUACAUACCUACUGAACUUGCAAAUAUACUUGAUAUUAUUUUUUUGUUCUGUUAUUUUUCAUGCCAUUUAAAUGGAGAUAACAAUAAUUAUUUUGGAAGACUGCUGUUUAAACAAUUUCAUACGUUUAUUAAUGUAUAAUUGUGAAAUCAUUCUAGUACGUGGGUCUCUCACAAAAUCAUGAAAUUCGUGUGACGUAGUUUAUGGAUUGCCCCCAAGGACAUUGACCAGAUGUUUUUGUGCUCUGUGAUUAUUAGAUAGUAGAUUAGUAUAGAAUGUUUAAUUGUUAAAUUGCCUUGUACAAGGACUAACAAUUAUUAAUUUGUAUAAUUAACAGUGAUUCGCUAAUUAUUAAUUAAACGUAUUUAUAGUA